AAUUGGCAACACUACUUCUAAUUUCUCUUGCUGCUUGCUGUAUUUCUGCUCGGAGCUCGAUUUCUGGAAUUUGAGGAUUUCAAAAAAGGACUCCCACUUACAAUGAGUGUUCCUGAAAGUGCUGUUGGUUCCGAAACAGAGCUACUCCAGUGUCCGUAUGAAAUUUCCCAUAUGAUUAUGCGCAAACGUUUUCAAGUUCAUUUGGUGCGCUGUCGCAAAAAUCAUCCCAAGGCCGAGGUAGUUACAUGCCCCUUUAAUGUUACUCAUCGCGUGAACAAAGUAGAAUUGGAGUGGCAUUUAUCAAAUUGUUUUGAUCGUAAAUCGUUUGAAAACUUCCGCAACCGUCCUGCACCUGUGGUCGGCCUGAGCUCUUCAAUUGAUCGCACUUUCUGUGAAAGUGAUUCAACUCAUCGUAGUUUGUGCACAAGCAUUGCUAGUGAUGUUACCAUAGUAGGUGGCGAGUUCGUAGAAUCAUCCGAAUCGUGGGACGAUGAUCCGCACGUUCCCAGCUAUAAUCCAACGGAUUAUAUUAAUAAAGCUGAUGUUUUACGCUUGCCAGUUGGUAUGACACCAUCUGAAAGAAAUGCAUUUCGUUUGGCUGAACGAAAACGUCUACAGUCUUUAGCCAAGUAAGCUAUAGUAUAUAAUAGUUACUUAUCCAUACAUUCAAUCAUUUUGUUUUUAAUGAAGAUGAUGAAUUUGUUUCGUUUUUUUAUAAUUUUAACUGUAUAUAAUAAAUGAAUUGCAUAAUUUUAAUUUAAUCGCUUUUGUUUCGAGGAUGUAAUAAAACAAUGAAACCUGGGUAAAUCUCGUAGCCUAGAGUUUACUUUCAA